CCGAGCCCCGGAGGAUGGCGGAGAGUGAGGCAGAAACCCCCAGCACCCCGGGAGAGUUCGACAGCAAAUACUUCGAGUACAAUGGAGUCCGGCUGCCUCCCUUCUGCAGGGGGAAGAUGGAGGAGAUCGCCAACUUCCCGGUGAGGGAGAGCGACAUCUGGAUCGUCACUUACCCCAAAUCCGGAACAAGCCUGCUGCAGGAGUUGGUGUAUUUGGUGAACCAGGAUGCUGACCCAGAUGAGAUCGGAAUAAUGAAUAUUGAUGAGCAGCUGCCAGUGCUGGAAUACCCUCAGCCCGGCCUUGAUAUCAUUAAGGAACUGACAUCCCCUCGCCUCAUUAAGAGUCACCUGCCAUAUCGUUUCCUGCCUACAGACUUGCACAAUGGACAGUCAAAGGUUAUAUGCAUGGCCAGAAAUCCCAAAGACUUGGUGGUGUCUUACUACCAAUUUCAUCGUUCUUUACGAACAAUGAGCUACCGAGGAACAUUCCAGGAAUUCUGUCGGCGGUUCAUGAAUGAUAAGCUGGGUUAUGGUUCAUGGUUUGAACAUGUUCAAGAAUUCUGGGAACAUCGUAUGGACUCCAAUGUCCUCUUCCUUCUUUAUGAAGACAUGCAUAAGAACCUUGCAGGUACCGUGGAGCUCUUAGUGCGGUUCCUAGGAGUGUCGUAUGACAAGACUCAAAUGGAGUCUAUAACUGAACACUGCCAUCAGCUUGUGGACCAAUAUUGCAAUGCAGAAGCGCUUCCCAUUGGAAGAGGACGGGUUGGCCUGUGGAAGGACAUCUUCACUGUGUCAAUGAAUGAGAAAUUUGAUGCUGUUUUCAAACAGAAGAUGGGAAAAUCUGACCUCAGCUUCGACUUCAGCCUUUAAGGGAUCAAGUGCAUGCUGUCCAGUAUUCUCGACACUAGCUAGAAGUGCUUCUCUGCAUUUGUCCAUCAAUCACUUGUUGAUCUUUGCUGUUAUGUGUAUUAUGACAGCUCUUUAGUGAAGGGUAUUGGGUUUUCUAUAUCUAUAGUAGCAGUUUCCUCACCUUUGCCAUCUUAACUAGUAGGCUGCUUCUUAGCAGAAUUGCGAGGCACAUAAUCUAAGAAAGCAACUUAAAUAGAAACUGCAGUAGCUUUGAUGGUAAGGGCAA